AUGACCCUUAACUAUUUUCCAUCAGAUCGAAUAGAACUGAAGAGCGAAAGCGUGGUGCACUCAGACUCUGAUCAUGAGCAAGAACACGAGCAUGAGCACGCCGAGCACAGUGAGCACGGCCAUGAGCACACUGAUCAUGGAGAACAUCUGGAAGCUUUAGACUCUGGCAGACCGCGCAAGGUGCGCCGCAGCCGUACAACGUUCACCACGUACCAACUCCACGAGCUGGAGAGAGCAUUUGACAAGACACAGUACCCCGAUGUGUUCACUAGAGAAGAGCUAGCGAUGAGGCUGGACCUCAGCGAGGCUAGAGUUCAGGUGUGGUUCCAAAAUCGUCGUGCUAAGUGGCGCAAACGGGAAAAGGCAUUGGGCAGAGACCACGCGCCAUUCAUGCAUCAUGAUCAUGUGGUGGGUGAAUGGGGCGGCGGCGGUCCUCCUGGUGGUGAAUGGUGGGCCCUUGGUUUAGGGGCUGGUCUCGGAGCACUUGGGGUACCAGCACCAUUGUGGCACGAAGCUGAACCCGCCGCAGCGUUCCGAGCAUUAUUGCAUAGGUACGUUCUAGCGUUGCCACCUCCAGCUCUGCGCCCUCCAGAACCCGAACCCUCGCCGUCAUCACCGCCGUCCCCACCUUCCCCUUCCGCAUCCUUCGCUCGCCUGGCAAGCGCCGAGGCUCUUCGUCUACGAGCACACGAUGCGUUACUUCAAGACCGAGUGGUGUUACAACAUAACAAUAAGGUUCACACGUAA